UUCAAAAUGGCGGGACAAAAUGAAGAAAGUACAAACACAACAUCAGCACUACAGAUAGAAGAGGUUAAUGGACACAAACUACGAGAGAUAGGUGAUCAAGCAGUAUGGUCUUUGUCUUCUUGUAAACCAGGUUUUGGAAUUGAGCAAUUACGUGAUGGUAAUCUAGAGACCUACUGGCAGUCUGAUGGACCUCAACCUCAUCUCGUUAAUAUCCAAUUUCGACGAAAAACUGCUAUCCAAAAUAUAUCGUUAUACGCAGAUUACAAGGCCGACGAGAGUUAUACUCCUAGUAAGAUAUCUAUACGAGCUGGCAAUAGUUUUCAUGACCUGCAUCAAGUAGAACUGAUAGAGUUAGCGGAGCCUAAUGGAUGGCUUACAGUUCCUCUGUCUGAUGGCAACAAACCUUUAAGAACAUAUAUGGUACAAGUAGCUGUACUCGCUAACCAUCAGAAUGGGAGAGAUACACACAUGAGGCAGAUCAAGAUUCAUGCUCCUUUAGCCGAUACUGGUACCUAUGAUAUGCCAUCAUUUACAUCAGUAGACUGUGCUAUGUACAGCACUAUAAGAUAAUGACUGGACCUACCCUCCCCUCCCCUGUAAUCUUUACAGUAAAACUUCUUGAUACUAUAGAAUGUUUUCACUCAAGUGACGAGGCAGCCAUAUUGGUGUACCAAACAAUAGAAACUUUCUGCACAGUUUUUGCAUAAAAAUAGAGUGCAAUGCCACAGAGGAUAGAAAAUGUAUUUGUUUUGGUACAUGUAUACCAACAUUGCCCCUGUGGUGUCAUGUGAAAAUGCUCUAUUGUGUGCAUUGUCGGGAGCAUCAAAGGAAGGAAUGCAGAUACUGAAACCCCUCCACAAGUU